AUGACGUUGAAGCUUGGACCAACGGGACUUAACAAGACUGACACUGCUCAUGCUCAACAUCUCGACCUCACGCAUAUUGCAAUCCAGUCCCUGCUACUGCUGGGCAUGUACAGCUCGCAUGUCUGCAAGAGCUGUCACGCUCGCCUCUGGCGACACUGGCGCAUAUCUCGAGUGACAAUUGCGACACGAAAGCUUCACAGCACCCUUCCGCCUCUUUCAAAUUCACACGAUCGCUGGCCUCUGGCAGAUGACACAGUGCAGCAAGCAAGCAACACUACCGACUCGCAAGGGUACUCCGACGAUAUAUUUGAGAAUUAUAUGAAAUAUCAUAAUGGAAGAGGCCGAUAUUCUAGAUUUUCGGCUCCGGUGCUUGCGGUCGAGGAAGAGCCUGAUAGUGAAAGACAAGACCUCCGAAACUCAGAUCCCGAAAGAAUCCGCAAACCUCUACAUAGAUCAAAUCAGCAAGCUGAUCGACCUAUUCUCGAACACAUUGAUGAUGCACCGGUCAUAUUGCAUGCGAAACCUCAUGAUAAAGUCUCGAAAUCGCCGGCGAAUGGGAAUAGGCGCGAAAUCGCAGGAGUCGUGCCACUGAAAAACGGUCUCGCUGGCAAACACAUCGUGAAACCAUUGCAACCGCCAACUUGGAAGCGUCCUGCACUGGGUGUGGGAUAUGAAGCCCAAGAGGUAGCGCAUAUGCCAACUGAACAGGCAGAGCCCAAGGAGAUGCGAUACGGGUCUCUUCUUCGAAGUACCAAAGACCCUCAAGUGUCAUAUGAUCAGACUCAUCACCCUGUUUUCGAACGGUCAGAAGUCCAAAAUGAUAACGUCGACAACUCAGAGUAUAAAAAACCGUAUGGAAACGCUUCUCAACGAAGUGAGAGGGACAAUAUCACACAAUCCACAAGUAACACCCAAGCCCGUUCCAGACAUGGAGACUUACUAUCCCGGGACGAAAUGACAAAUAUAGUGCCGGCACGCCCUCCGGUCAUCACACACACAUCGGGAGAUACGCAACGGCCAGCAGCACGACCCAAAGUCACCGCAUCAUCCGUCCACGGGCGAGAUAACCGCGAUGUCGGACCUAUUGCCAUAUUUUCAAACUUACCAGUGGCUCAGAUCGCGAGAAGAUGGGCCUAUUUUAAUGAAAAUUUUACUUCACGCGAUUGUCCUGCGUUUAAAACUCCAACCUACAACGAUAUGAAACACCUAGCCAAGAUGUCUCCCUUCGCAUACCUGUUAAUCGAUAUCACAAAAGCCUGGUGUUCUGGAAAACGAGCAGGAGUUCCUAGACCAGUAGAUGCUCUUGAGAGGAUGUUGACAAUUGGCGUCUUCGAUGGUGACCGUAUUUGGUCGGAAUUACUAGACCAAACUACGAAACACCUUCUACAGAUUAGCUGCUCUGACAAGCCAAAGGACUCAGCCAGUCUUUUAGCAGUGGUUGACCUGUGGAAGGCUUUUUGCUUCCACCACAGAUCUUCUGAUUCCAGCCCCGCACCAGCGCCAAAUGACUGGGCUUUUCUUCCUCCGAGGCAGCCAAACAUUACGUUGCGAGCCCCAAAAUUCUCACAACUUAUGAAACAAUCACUUCCUCUAGUAGUCAUGGGCUACCACAGCUUUGAAAAGUUAUGCGGUGCCGCUUUGCUCACAAAUUGUUUGCUCAUACAUGAACAAUCCACGUUCAACAUUUCUGAGACCCAGCGCGCAGAAUACUGGCCUUUCGUGAAGUUCAUCAGUUCCAUGAUCUGCGACUCGUACACGCAUCAUAUGUGGGCUCAACUCGAGAUGAGCAGCACGGUACUGCAACAGAACCGUCUAGCUGUCGAAAAAUGGCAGCCUAGAAUCAGAAAUAUCAAGCAAGAUGCCCACUUCGUCGUUGCGGAGUACACAAACUAUGUCACUCGAAGACAACCGAAGAAAUUCAUUACUAGCCAUGUGUCCGAUGGAGCAAGCCAAGUAGAGAUGAUCUCGGCUCGGCUAGAGUCGCGGAUCGGACGUGCAAUGGAAGCUCAAGACUUGCCUCAUGUUCAGAAACUGUGGUCGCGGGUCCAGGCGGAGUUAGAUAACACCACUGGGCAAUCAAAUACAACAAUCCCUGUCGACACUAUUGUACAAUUCUUGAAAGCUUUCAUGAAGCUGAAAGACAUGUCGAAUACUAUUAGAGUGUGGAAUACGAUGCAAAAACAAGGUACGAAACCUACAGAAUGGGUUUGGCAGGCUGUGUUGUCUGGUUGCAAUGACCUAAGAGAUCCGGAGGCACUGGACAUUUUUUGGCAGAAAAUGCUUGACUCCGGCUUCCAGCCCACGAGCCGCAUUUGGGUGACGAGAAUACACAGUAUCAUGAUGUUGCGAGACGUUAGCGACGGUCUUCAACUGAUCCAGGACAUUGGGAACAGCUGGACAGCUUCAUGUGAACGUUUGAAAGCCUAUGAGGCGCAGCGGCAGCGGUCGAAACCAACCAAGAACCUUGGCCCACCACCCACCCUCACUGUCAGACCUAACAUUGAAAUGAUCAAUGCUGCUCUCAAAGCAAUAUCUGACAAGAACAGGAGUUGGGAACUGGUGGAAAGGCUUCUUGAAUGGGCGAAAGCUUUUGGUCUUGAAGUCACAGCAUGGACGUACAAUCCAAUGAUCAGGAUGGCGUUUCGCAAAGGCGAUGCUGUAAAAGGCUAUGAACUCAUCGACGAGAUGCAGAGCAAAGGAAUCGAGCCUGACCAGGCAACAUAUGCGCUCCUUGUAAACGCCAUGUUUCGUGUAUCCUUGUUCGAGGAUUCUCAGCCCGAAGUGUUCGUUCAGAAGAACAUCGAGGAUCUGCUCGACGACCUCAAAGAGAAGAAAGCUCUCAACAAAUAUACAUUCACAGCUCUCGUAGACGGACUUAUUCGCCACAAUCAAAUGCGCGCCGUUGAAAUUGUUCUUCGAGUCCUAGUCAAAUCGGAACAGUGGAUUCCAGCAACCAUUUUCACUGCCCUUGCCCGACAUUACUUCGACCAGGAACACCCCGAUAUCUUCAAGCUCGACGCGUUGUGGAACCGUGCCAACAGCCGAUACGCCUAUAUCGACAAUAUCUUCAUGGACCGCAUGAUCGAAGGAUGGGCCAGACUCGACGAAAUCGGUAAAAUGAGGGAAGUGCUUAGUCGUAUGGUCAGAACUGGCCAGCAGCCUGGAUGGCGCGCUUUACAUAACAUGAUAAAUGCUCAUGCUCGCCAAGGCGACUACUCUGCAGUAGCACAAAUAGUUCACGAUGUCGACAACAAGCUUACACCUCCGACCUCGCACCGGGAAGACAGGCAAUUUCAGAAUCAAUUCUGGCACUUCGUCAGCAAGCUACAGGAAGCGAAAUUGUUGGAUGUCUCUGAUGUAUUAGCUACACAAAGGCGGCAUUGGAAUUCUCAGACCACAAAUCCACACUUCGAUUCUAUGUCAUCUUCCGAUGGAUCGUCAGAGAAUACUCCGGUGGAUGCUUUAACUGCUGUAGUCUCGAAUGCAUAGGAGAAUGAACAAGUUCCGCGAAAGGCUGUAAAGUAUAUGGAUCAUAACUGUACAAUAGCAAACAAUGAACUGUAACAUACACAUUUUCCUUGUUGCUACAGAUGAUAACUUUGUCCACUUUGUAAGAUACACAGCACAUGUAUUUGGAUACUCCCAAAAUACAGGAUUGAGAGAAUCCUAAAACCCUUAAUGUUUUGAAUAGCUACAGGUUUUCCUCAGAUUUGGUCCCUUGGUCUAUUCCAGCAGACCUGGGCUUGUAAUUCUACGGGCUAGUAGUUCCACACUAG